AUGCAAGCAGCAAACAUUUCGGAGGAGAGUAUUUACAAUGAAGCUAGAUAUUCAUUGUCGAAGCUAAAGAACUCUUGCCGGGACAUACUGGGCACUUCUCGAGUAACGCCUCCGGUUGAAGUUGUCCAACAGUUUUUAGACUUCUUAGGAGUGGAUAUUCUACCAGACGUCUUUUCUGUCGAAAUCGAAACUGAAUCCCUAACCUUAUGUACUAGCGCGCCUUUGGUGAUGGUUCUAGCUGAACUGUCUACCGAUUGUGGGGAUGACGAGAUCUCGUUAGUGAGAAAGCAGGUUCUUCGCACUCGCUGCACCUUUAUUGCCUCGUUGCCUGAGCGAUUGGCAAACAUUAUAUGUGAGUUGCAGGCGGUUGGCAAGGAUGUUGACUGUGACUGGGGGGUGUUACCGGACCGGAUAUGCCAAGCGUUGUGUUGCUUUCUCUUUGCGAUUUGUACCGCCUCGUCAGACCAAGAGCCGACGAUACCGAAUGAGGGCAAGACCUAUGAACUCAAGAGGUCCAGCGCAUUAGCCGUUUGCGACUUUAUGAUUCAAGCAGUGCUUGCUCGCGGAUAUAUUGGCAUGCUCUUCCGACAUUUUUUAAUUUCGUUGCGGAGCGCAACAAACAUUUCUACCAUGUCAAAUCUAACGUUUCCUUUUGUCUUAACGUCCAUCUACAACUGUGCAUUUACCAGUCGAGGCAAAUCAGAGCUGUUGGAGGCCACAAGCACCCCUAAGAGAUAUCGUGCGACUGUGUACUGGACUGAAUGGGUGUCGUGGCUCUUAGAAGCAUCCGCAAGUGAGCCAAAGACAAAGAAGUGUCUGAUAUCAACUUUGCUGCUGAUGAGGGAGGGUCAAGAUGAUCCGGUAAUGGCGGGGAAAAGCUCGCAUGUCGGUCAGGCGUUGGAAGUUGAGAUUUUUGCCACGUCCGCGUUCUACCUCCCAACAAGACGGGACGUUUUGAGGGUUAUAUUUAGGGAGGUCCUCCCCACUAUCUCUUUUCGUGGAGAUGGGGACAAACCGGGGCAUAUCCAGAACUUUGAACUUACGUUAUUCGCUGAAGUGUUCCGCGUUUGGGGCGAUCGCAACUUUGCAGAGAGCGCGCCAAUCCGACUCAAUACUACCUUGUCAAACAGUGUUAUGUACAUCCUGCUUCACAUCAAAGAGAAUGGCAUAUUUUGCGAGAGGUCCCAUUUCCCAUCUGCACUACUGCAACCGCUUUUGGAUGGGAUCUCGUUACGCCUUGAGUCCGUGCGUUCAGAAGAAACAAGAAACGAAGGCAUAACAGUAGCUGCAGCAUUUGCAUUAUUUUUUUCAUCCGAGGACGAUACGUUGAAUGGAGUUUCAGACCUGGAACUGUUUCCUGAAGCACUCAGCAAAUGGAUGAGACAUGAGCCAAACCAUGCACUGAUGCCCGGGUUGUCGCAUGAAGGGAUAACAGAGCGUACCCACCGCGUUGCAGGUGAAGACCGUGCGAAGUUUUUUCGUCAUUCUGCGGAAAAUGACGAAUACCCCCUUGACCCUGACGCCGAAUUUACUUUCUUUUGCGCUGGUGACACCAGUAAGUCAAAUGUGUUGGUGUCUUCCGGCACCGACAACGCCCUAUUUAAACACAUACCUAUUGCAAACAAUGAAGAAUUGACUUCUUUUGGGAAAACGUCUCAUGAAGCAGAUUCCCUGGAUGGUAUCGAUGUUUUGGUAACGCUCCGUGAGUCGUACAACGCCGUUAUGGGAAUAGGAAGAAGCACAAGUGCCCAACUUUAUGAGGUUCAACAGGAAACUGAAAGCGGACUUAGGGGACUCAAGUCUUCGUUGCAGGUGCUAAAAGGGAAGCUUGGCCGUUGGAACGAGCGCGUCAUCGAUGGGAACGUUUUGAGAACGAGAAGCACUUUGGGGGAGGAGCUCCACGUAAUGUUACCGUCGCUUCUUCCCGCCCUAAUGAGUAUUACAAUUCAUGCACCAGAACCACGGCACAAGGAGUUAGUGGAGUUAAGACUGUCAGUGUUAAUCGACAUCAUCAUUGUUUCCCCGGAAGUUGCUCUUGACCAACUAAGCAAAAUGAUAUACAGCAGCGGUUUCGGCAUUUUUCAACGUGUCGAAAUGGCCAAGGCCAUUGGUGAGGCGGCAAAGUUUCUUUCUCAUGUGAAAAUUCGAGUGGAGUAUGAGGGGAAGUUAAAACAAUAUAAUGACACUCAGUUUCGAGACCCACAAAAACGCAUUUAUCCACCUAUACCAAACGAGAGCAAGAGUAUCACUUCGACUGUGUUUACUGAAGGAAGGAAUACAAGGCGUUGGGGAAAUUCCACUCGUCGUAGGGCAUGCCAAGAAGAAAACGUUUAUACUAGCUAUCUCUCUGAAGUAGCUCCGCUGUUCAUAUCAGCCCUUCUGCAAAAAGCAGACGAUGACUAUUUUUCUUUUUUCCGGGACAAAGAUCCGUACGCCCCAGCAGAAAUCCUUCGAACCAUUUCUACAGUUGUUCAGCGUAUAGCGGCUGUUCGUCACGUAGCUCCGUCUCUUUGCGAGAACAUUGUACCUUUUAUUCUGGCUGUGCUAACCCGACACCCUCUCUCAGUUAUUCGAAAACAGGCUUGGAUUCUUAUCGGCGAGGUCAUGAGGUGCUGGUGUGGAGCUGGACCACUUGUUUUAGAUGAUUGCUCCUCAACCACUUGCCGUGAAGGGUUUGGGGGGAGCUCAUCGCACUUAUUUUCAGAGCAGUGGAUAAACGUCCAACAGGCGUUAGAGGCUAUUUUCGAUCGAUCGAGGAAUGAUUUCUUAUGCGCUGAAGUGGCCCUUCUUGUUGUUGUAGACCUGCGGGACCUGUUGGUGGCUAGGGCGGAUUUCGAGGAGAUGAACAAGCGUGUAGUGAGUGCGAGACUCAUCUCAGCAGUGGAGUAA